UUGACCCCCACUCACCAAAACAAAAUGGCACAGAACACGAGAGAACUGGCAGCAAACAAAAACUUGACACAAACAGCCCAGCCUGUGUUGUAGUUUUGGCAAGGAAAACUGACGUAAUCUCAUUUUAAUACUUCUAAUCUUGGUUCUUUGGACAACACUGGUAUGGUAACUGUUUUUCUGCAUGUGCUUAGCAAAUAUAAUGCAUGCUAUUUCUGCUUCUCUGAACCGUGUGUGCGUGUCUGUGGGCUGUUUAUGUGUAGCUCACGCACACAGAGUGUGGUUAUCAGCUGCAGGGGUGGAACCACAGGUCAACAUGUAGUAGAACGUAAUCUACAAACAGGUCAAUGGUAUUUAGCUUUAUGAAGUAUAUUAAAUGUCGCAUUAGUUAAGGCAGACUCUUUAACAUGAUUGGUGUACAUGUCAACGUAAUUUAUAAAAACAAAAGAAAGAUGUGCUCAUUUGAACCGCUGUUCACACUUAAAAGCAUGAUCAGAGUUCACACUGCUCAUGUGUUCAUAAUAUAAUGGCCAUUGUGACUGGCAUGAGUUAGCUCACUCAUGCGAAGCACUCCCGGCUGAGCUAAUGAAUACACUUGGUACUCAUUAGCUCAACGUGAAUAAACAAAAAGUGGAACUAAAUAUGCUCCGUGCAUGGAUCAGACCCACGGAGGAAAAGUGCAUAGUCAUUCAGUCUCACGUGGGAGAAAACUUUCCAUGCAGUACCUACUGACAACAGUGAAGCUGCGAUAGUGAAGAGCAGGUAGAUGCAGUUGAAACUGCAUACAAGUGUGCAUAGACCAAACUUUCACAGAUGUUCACUCAUUUUGUUUAUUGAUUUAUUUAAUUGUAAUUACUGAUGCAUUUUCCACAACUCCCCUCUCUUCAAAACAAGAGUCCAUGGAUGCUGAGGUGCUGCACUCUGCUCAAGCAGAGCAUGGCUCACUUUUGCUAAGGCAGCUAGAGAGGAUGAGAACAACUAAGGAGCUCACUGACGUGGUGCUGCUAGCUGAAGGGAUCCCCUUCCAUUGCCACAAGGUGGUGCUGUCUGCAUUCAGUCCUUACUUCCAGGCCAUGUUUACAUGUGGUCUGAAGGAGACGCACGGAGGAGAAAUACCACUCAGAGACACUUCUGCACAAAGCUUAAGGCUGCUGCUGGACUACAUAUACUGUGGCGAGCUCCCACUAACAAACAACAACAUCCAGGGAGUGGCCGUUGCUGCCUUUCUGCUACAUGUAGACGGAGCCUUCAGGUUGUGCCAGAGUCACAUGGAGGCCUGUAUGGACCCGUCAAACUGUGUUGGUCUGUACCACUGGGCCAGGAACUUGGGAGCAACUAGCCUCGCUGACUGUGCCUUGCGAUAUCUUUGUCAACACUUUUCACAGGUUUGUGAAGAAGAAGAAGUGCUAGAGCUGAAUGCUCAAAGUCUUGGGGAACUGCUUGGCUUAGAUGACCUUAACGUAUCACAGGAGGAGGUUGUUUUGGAGCUGGUGCUGCGCUGGGUGGAAAAGUACAGGGGUGACUCAGAAAGGGAAGCCCAGGCUGUGGAGUUGCUCAGGCAUGUCCGACUGGAGCUUGUGGAUCCUGGAUUUCUCCGUAAAGCAAGGAGGAGAAACCCGGUGCUUCUGCGGGAUACUGAGUGCUUUGGGAUGAUUGAUGCUGUUCUCCAGACGUCAGGUCUCUGCGAGGCCGCAGCUCCUCCUCGCCGAGCUCUUCGCUAUGGCAUGGAGACAACAGAUUUGCUCCUCUGUUUGGGUGGUGUGAAUAAGGAGGGCGUCCCUGCGCGGCGUGGAGGACUUGCUGACCUCAGUUUUUGCUUUGACCCCCAUGUUAGGAAGACUUACUACAUCCCCUCUCCCCUGAGGGGCUGCAGCAUAGUGGGACAGAUCACAGCAGGCGCAGUGAGCCGAGAAAACAUCAUAGUGGUGACCGUAGAAGCAGAAGACCAACAUCGAACGAAGGGGGUUGAUAUCUACAGGUAUGACAGUUCAGAGGAGAACAGCUGGCUGAAGUUGUGUUCAGCAGCUUACAGGGACAUGUAUGCUUUAGGGCUCAUAGGAGAUGCCCUCUAUUUAAUCGGUGGUCAGAUGAAAGUGCGUAAUCACUACGUCAUCACAGACAGCAUGGAGAGAUGGUCACUGAAGAGAGGAGGCAGCUGGCUCAGCUUUGCUCCUCUGCCUCUUCCAUUAGCCAGUCACUUUGUUGUGACAUUGAAGGAGCAUCUUUAUGUGCUGGGGGGGUGGACACCACAGGAUCACCCUGACGACGAGCCUGACAAGCUCAGCAAUCGUGUGCUUCAGUUUGACCCCGGCAAAGACAGAUGGACAGAGUGUGCCAGCAUGAAGUACUCGGUGUCGUCCACACCUGGGUCAGAGGAAGAGGUACUCUUCCUUUGA